GUUUCCCUUCUACUCAAUGUCUUAUAUUUUUUCAACCGGUUAUUUUUUUUGAGAGCCUGAAUUUUUUUGCCGUAUUUUUUUUUCAUUAUUUAGGCGUAGAUAUAGCAAGUUUUAUCACUAAUAUAAUGAAGAUUAAGCCGCCAAAAGAACAGGUUUUUUCUCCUAUUAAAUGGCAACGGGAGCAGAAACUUUUGAAAUCUAUGAGAUUGGUUAAUGAUAGGAACGCUUUACAGGUGUUAAAUAGAGAGGAUAUAAUAGCAUACCGGUUACCAUUACACGAGGCAAUUUUGAGAAAACUCAACAGGAAUGGAUUCUACAGUUCUGCCGAAUAUCUACGGCAACUGAUAGAUUUUCAGGAUGCUUAUCGGAUGGCAGCGGGUGAAGAGAGCAUUAUAUGGCAAAGGCCGAGACUAAUGUAUCAGCAAAACUUACUCGAGCAUCUUGCAGAAAAGUUGCAGCAGGCCGAACAGGCCAACACUGCAAAACAUACUGACGUUGAGAUUGAUAUACUCCUAAAUAUCGCCAUUGAAUUUUGUUUCGGAUCAGAAAAUUGGUGGUGGCUUGGCCACCAAAUUCUUUUCAUUACUUUGAAAACUUGCGAAGAGUACGAGGAAGAUAGGGGCAAAAGGAAAGCUUUGUUAAGGUAUAUUUUUGGGAAGUUUCUCUUUGAGAAUGCAAAGGAGCCACGAAUGGCUCUUGAGCACCUGAAAAUAGCAAGGAAAAUCUCAGCAGAAAUGAGCUGGAAUGUCAAUAUCUUGUUUCCUGAGAACAGCAGCACAAUAUUUUCACAGGCCUGCACACUUAUCCAUAAAAUAAUAAUGAUUCAAGCCAGGAGUAUUUCUCAAAAAGAUCCUACAAACACCAUAAAACUAUGUGACAAAGCAAGAAUAAGAGCUUUGGAAGGAUGCUACUAUGACGGAGUUAUAGACUCUUACAUUCUCAAAGGAAACUGUGAAAUUAUGCUUUUCGAUACAGAAAACGCUAUAAAAAGUUUCAAGAGAGGCCUCAAUGUAUUAGAAAAACACGACAAUGUUGAUUUGAGAUGUGAAACUUGGAAAAAUUUAGCCAUAGCUUACCUAAAGCAUGGCACCCUCAAUAGUGCUUUAGUGACUUUACACAAGUUAAACGACUUUGCUAAUCAAAACAAUAAAGUGCAUUACAUUGCCCAAGCUCACAAAUAUUUAGGGGAGUUUUACCUGAGGGAAGGAACAGCUCGUAACGCUACACCAUUGCUGAUGGCUGCAGUCAAGAUCUUCACUCAAGCCGGAGAUACUGCAGAAACGGCAAAAACCAGAAAUAUGGCUGCCAUUUCAGUCGGUAUAGAACUAAUGCCCAUAUUCACCGGUAUCAUAAAAAGCAGCGAACCCAAAUUUUCUUCCGAACAUAGGGAAGCACUAGCCAAGUUGAUCCGCUGGAAAGAUUCAAGGGAAAGUUUUUGGAAGCACUCUGAAGCAUCCCAAUUCUCGGCUGUUUCAACGCACACCAUGGAAAAUUUCACUGUGCUCUCGGGGUCAGAAAUUGAAAUGCCACUAACAGAUGAUUUAGAUUUCGAAGUACUUCUGGGUAUCACUGGAUUGGACACUGGAUACUCAAUGCAGUGUAGUAUAUCGAACAUGACAGAUGUAGUGUCUGUAAGUGGUGUUGAAAAAAGUGGCAAUACAUUGAUGGCUCCUGUAAACAUGCAUGAAGAUGCAGGGACGAAUACAAUGAGUGUCAGAGAGAAAGGUACAGCAUCGCUCAGCGAAUAUGUGACGAAUAUCAAAGAGAACAAGAGUAAUCUGACUAACAAUAGUCUUGAAGGUCAACUAGAAUGAAAUUUCAAAUAUAUAUUCAUCAAAAACUC